CCUUCUCAUAUGCAUGUUUUUUAAUCUUUCACAUCAAAAACAAACCUUUCUUUUGAAAAUAUACCAAAUGCCACAAUUUUCUUCCCUGCUAAUUGUUACUUUGCAACACAAACAUCAAAUUUUCAUGGUGGCUGACGAAUUUCGGGCCGGAGUUUUUCAUUCUCAAUAAUUGUUCUCUCCAUAUUUUCUUCACAGAAAAAAAAAAAAAAAAAGUACCAAAAAUUUUUAGUCUUAUUGAAAAUUUUCAAGGGGUCUUUUUCAGGUAAUAUGAAGCCUUUUUUGCGAUUUUUCUUUUUUUGAUCAAAGAAUUUUGUUUGUUCAAACUAGUUAUAUAGCAAAUGGAGAUAGUGUAAAAAAACUCAGAAUUUGCAAUAUUGUUUUAUUGCAUAAAAAAAAAAAAAAAAAUACUUGUCCCCUCUCUCUCUUUCCCUUCCUUUUGGUUACCAAGAAAGAGGUUUCCAGGAAAAGAAAAAAAUAUAUUUGUUACAACAAAAAACAAUGGCUUUUACUCGUGCUAUGAGAUCUCAUUCUCUAAACCAGCCAUCACCUGUAGCAGAGAAAAUUUCAGGGGAUCCAAUCACAUCGAAAACAGCUCAGAGCACCGUAACAUGCGUUUACACCGUUAGUAUCGCCGGAUUCUUUCGAAAGGUGACGGUCUUAUGGUGUAAGAACCUCAUGAAUCAUUCUCUAAGUAUCUCCUUCCAUAGCUUAGAAGGUGAGUUCCAUAACUCAUGCAAGAUUGAUCUUAAACCAUGGCAUUUCUGGAGCAAAAAAGGGUAUAAAUCCAUUGAAGUUGACGGAAACCAUGUAGAAGUUUUCUGGGAUGUUCGUUCUGCUAAAUUUUCGAAUUGUCCCGAACCAUGUUCCGAUUUCUACGUAGCUCUUGUUUGUGAUGAAGAGGUUGUUCUUUUGUUGGGAGAUUACAAGAAAAAAGCUUACAAAAGAACAAAAUCAAGACCGGCUCUUGUGGACCCUAUUCUGUUCUACAAAAAAGAAAACGUGUUCGCCAAGAAAUGUUUUUCAACCAGAGCUAGAUUCGAUUUAGAAAGGAGAAAAGAGCAUGACAUUGUUGUUGAAAGCUCAACUUCGGGGCCUAAAGAUCCCGAAAUGUGGAUCAGCGUAGAUGGUCUUGUUCUAAUUCAUAUCAAGAAUCUUCAAUGGAAGUUCAGAGGGAAUCAAACUGUGAUGGUGAAUAAGCAACCCGUUCAAGUUUUCUGGGAUGUUCAUGAUUGGCUUUUUAGUACUCCGGGGACUGGACACGGUUUCUUUAUAUUCAAACCGGGGUCGCCGGAGGGGGAGAGCGAUAAGGAAGGAAGUGGAAAUGGCGGUAUGGAUAGUGAUACAGGAAGUGCUUAUUAUUCAACCAGAAGCAACUCUAAUGGUACUUCUCAGGAUUUCUGUCUUUUUCUUCAUUGUUGGAAGCUUGAGUGAAAAAGAGAAAUAUAUAUAUAUAUAUAUAUAUUGAAGGCUUUUUUGUACGAAUGAAUGAAUGCAAUUCAAUGCAUGUAAGGCCUAUGAAAAUUGUAAAGAUUAAUUGUAAGUAAAUUUGU